GUCGAAACCGCUUUUCCAUAUUGUCGCCGAGCUAGACAAGCAAGUGCCCCUAUCUUUCUGGGACCUACCUGACUAUGCGUGCAAAAUUAAUAACACAGAGCAGCUUUCCCUACCGGGAAGAUAACCCAGGCAUUUACUACGCGACAUUGAAAAACUAUCACACAUUCAAGAUACAAGGUAUCGAUGGUGUGCUUGGAUACAUCCCAACGACGCUUGUACAAAGCAUCUCCUGGCCAGAAGAAUACUGGACUGUCGACACUGCCCAGAGGGAACUACGUAUGACACCCAGAAGCAAUACGCUGUCAAGCCGCAACAAUAUUAUAGAAGAUGCAAUACGAAGGAUAGCAGAACAAGGAAGUCCCGAGAUUCUGAAAGGCUGGCGCAAUGAACGGUUUCCUGUCUACGGGCCUGACGGGACGGUGGUCGUGGAGAUUGAACGGUCGGCGAGUGCGCAGUUCGGAAUUGUAACGAGCGGUGUUCAAAUGCUAUGCUUCGUAGAAGACGAAGGAGGCUCUAUCCAUCUCUGGAUUGGUAAGCGUUCAGAGAAGAAGCAGACAUAUCCGGGUAUGUUGGAUUGUACGGCAGCGGGUGCCCUCAGUGUGGGAGAAUCGCCGCGGAGCGCUAUGGUUCUCGAGGCUACGGACGAGGCGUCACUCGACACGGAGAUGAUUGAAAAACACAUGCGAUCUGUCGGCCACAUUUCAUAUUUCCAUGUGAAGAGUUCGACCUCGACGGGAAACAAAACGCUAUCCACUGCUUUGCUGCUUCCUGAAACCGAGUACCUAUAUGAGCUGAAGCUUGAUCAGCAUACUGUUCCUCGGCCGAAGGAUUCCGAGGUUGAGGACUUCCGACUUUGGAGCGUGGACCAAGUGCUUGAUGCACUGAAGAAUGGAAUGUUCAAACCGAAUAGCGCGGUGGUGGUAAUUGACUUUUUCAUUCGACACGGCAUCAUCACACCGGAGACGGAAGCAAAAUACCUUGAGAUUAUACAGAGAUUACAUCGACGACUCCCAUUUCCCGUGGCACAUAGAAUUCCUAAAAAUGUCGAUUGAAGUCACUGCGGCCGCGAGG